CUCGUUCUGCCAGUUUAAGCACAGUGGCCUCUGGCUGUCUGCUCAAGUAUUGUCAAGACCAGCCAUUUUCGAGUUUUUGGGGAAAGUUCAAGCUGCAGAAACGUCACUGGAGUUGUUGCAGCAGCUCAGCUGGAUCCAGCAGCACUGGAGCUCAGACAGGGAACUCAGACUGGAUCUCCUACUCUCAGCAGAAGAGCGCACGGAAACUUUUCGCCAGCAUGAGGAUCUUUAAAGCUUCUGCCUUCAGACAUUACUUUAACAGCUGCUUACACAGUAAACACAGCCACGCGCAGGAGCACAACUUCACUUUCGCGCGAUUAAUCUGCUUCCGAGGGCUGGAUGGGUCAGGGUCACGUGACUGGUGGCAGUUGGGGUUAAAAGUGAAGAAAGGGGGUAUUUUAACCGUAAAUGGGGGGACACGAUGGGUCAGCUCGAGGGCAGCGCGAGCUCAGACGUAUGAAGAGGCGUUUAGAGGGGCGCGAGACGAGCCCGAGAGAUUCUGGAGCGAGGCGGCGCGCGGAGUGAGCUGGUACACGAGCUGGGAGAAAACACUGGACAACACACACUCAGUGUUCCCCAAAUGGUUUGUUGGGGGAGAACUGAACAUGUGCUAUAACGCUGUGGACCGUCAUGUGGAGGCAGGGAGAGGAGAUCAGCCGGCUGUUAUUCACGACAGCCCAGUUACUGGAACCAAACAGAUCAUCACCUACAGAGAGCUGCAAGAUCAGGUGUCAAGGUUGGCAGGAGUGCUCGUGAAGCAUGGAGUCAAAAAAGGUGAUCUGGUGGUGAUCUACAUGCCAAUGAUUCCCCAGGCCAUGUUCACCAUGCUUGCCUGCGCCCGCCUUGGAGCCCCUCAUAGCCUAAUCUUUGGGGGCUUUGCCUCCAAAGAGCUAUCUAUCCGCAUCGACCAUGCAAAGCCCAAGCUGUUAGUUACAUCAUCGUUUGGCAUUGAGCCAGGUCGGAGAGUGGAGUAUAUUCCUCUGGUGGAGAAGGCACUGGAGCUCAGCAGCUACAAACCACACAAAGUCCUUAUUUACAGCCGACCUGGGAUGGAGAGAGUGUCCAUGUCCUCAGGUUUAGGGCUGGACUGGGAUGAAGAGAUGACCACUGCUCAGCCUCAGGAGUGCGUGCGUGUUCCUGCUGAUCACCCUCUGUAUGUGCUCUACACCUCCGGCACCACCGGCACACCCAAGGGUGUAGUGAGGGAUACAGGAGGGUAUGCAGUAAUGUUGAACUGGACUAUGAGUAAUGUGUAUGGACUGAGUCCUGGUGAGGUUUGGUGGGCCGCGUCUGAUCUCGGCUGGGUUGUUGGUCACUCUUACAUCUGUUAUGCUCCACUUCUCCAUGGCAACACCACUGUGCUGUACGAGGGAAAGCCUGUAGGGACUCCGGAUCCUGGAGCGUUUUUCCGUGUAAUGUCUGAGCAUGGAACAGCUUCAGUGUUCACAGCCCCCACUGCCGUCAGAGCGAUUAGACAGCAAGACCCACAUGCAGCCCAUGGGAAACGGUACUCACUCAACAGGCUCAGGUCUUUAUUUGUGGCUGGAGAACGCUGUGAUAUAGAGACAUUAGAAUGGGCGAAAAAGAGCUUUGGAGUUCCGGUUCUAGAUCAUUGGUGGCAGACUGAGAGCGGCUCAGCCAUCACUGCGUCUUGUAUUGGUCUGGGAAACUCUUUGGUGCCCCCUGCAGGAACGGCAGGCAAACCUGUCCCUGGAUACAAUGUGAUAGUGAUUGAUGAUGAAAUGCAACCUGUGAAGCCAAGGACGCUGGGAAAUAUUGUAGUAAAGCUUCCUCUCCCUCCUGGUGCUGCACUGUCUCUCUGGCAGAAUCCAAAACUCUUUGAGGAACUCUACUUCACAAAGUUUCCUGGUUAUUAUGACACUAUGGAUGCAGGUUAUGCAGACGAGGAGGGAUUUUUGUACAUCAUGUCGCGCUCUGAUGAUGUGAUAAACGUGGCGGGUCACAGGCUGUCAUCUGGAGCUCUAGAAGAGUCAGUGCUGCAGCACCCCAGUGUGGUAGACUGUGCUGUUGUGGGUCUGGAGGAUUCUCUGAAAGGACACGUGCCACUCGCCCUGUGUGUGCUGCGAAAUGACUAUCAGCAGAAUCCUGAUGCGCUGACGAAGCAGCUGGUUAAGGUGGUGAGGGACACCAUUGGGCCUGUGGCAGCUUUCCGGAAGGUUCUGUUUGUCAAAGCUCUGCCCAAAACCCGCUCAGGAAAAAUCCCUCGCUCUUCUCUCGCUAAUCUGGUUAACGGCAAACCUUACAAGAUUACUCCAACUAUCGAAGAUCCUGAAGUGUUCAAAGACCUUGAGAAGGCCGUGAAGGAGAAUCUGAGAAGAACUGGAUAAUCAUACACACGUACACACACACACACAAACACACACGCGCACACACCACCUGUAGCCUUGUUACUCCUCAAGCCCACUGCGAUCUAAAUUUAGCAUAAUGACUACCAGAAAUGUGUUUUGUUGAACCAGGAUAAUGCAGAAAUUCGACAUAAUCCUGCAGGUAAUCAUAUAACAAUGUUGUAUCCCCAUUUGACACAGCAGAUUUCAUAACCUACAAUAACAAAUACAGAUCUAUCCUGAAGUCACCUGCAAGCAGUAUUAUAUCCUGAAGAUGCAUCUUCAGGAUGGGUAGGAAAUUUGUGUUCAGUUGAACACAGUGGAUGUGUUGUAUUGCAUUAUCAGAUCCAGAGGAGUGUGCAAGCAAUGUUACAUAUACAUUUGUGCAAUGAGCGGAUAUUUUAUAGUCAAAUGUUUGACGUUACUUUUUAUUGACAAUGAAAACUUCUUUGAUCACCACAUAGUUUUGACCAAAAUACAAUCAGUAAUAAAUAAAAAAAUGGACACAAAAUAAAAUGAUUCUCUGUACGUGCAAAACAAGGAUGUAUAAACUCUGCGAUCCGCUUUGUGGCAGAAAUAACUCAAAGACAGGAAAGGAGGUCUGUACAAGAGGUUACCCCGGCAACUUCUACAGAAAAUAGUUCAACAGUUUUACACCAAAAUAAGUCACAGCAAGCAACAGGUUUUGUCUUUUUAAAAGUUUAGUCUGGACUUCAACAAGUUGAUAUACACUCUACGUUCACUAGGAGCUAAGCCUGUCUUGUAGUUAUUUCUCCUACGAGUGUUGAAGAAGGGGGUUUGGCUCGUAUUGAGAUGAGGAUUAUUAGAUUAGUGGUGAUGUUUUGAGUGAACUCUUGCAGGGUUCUUGUAGAGUGAUGAUGAGAUUUUGAGACCGAAAGUGAGUUUACUAGUGCAAGGCAAAAUCUGAAAUGACUCUAUAUUUGGCUUACAGGGCACGAGUCUGUUGAUGUCACUUUGUGGCUGUGUCUCAGUACAUGUGAAACCUGACACGAAGGCUGUCUAAAGCCCUAUUGGAACUGCAUUAGUCUGACCUGGGGAGGUGCUGUAAUCUGAGUGAUUGCCAAUGUCCUCUGUGAUUUUAAUCCGCUACGAAUCUGCAAUGUCUGUAGUUUUUACAAGUCUGCUAAGUAAUAAUUACGUUCUGUUUGCUCCCUUGAUAAUAGUAGUCAAAUCACCAGUAACCUGCACUUCUUUUUGGUGCCUGAAGACAAGACUAACCGCUAAAAUGGGGCUUGACUUGGCACAAGUUCAAAACAGGACUACUGUAAUGUUUGUACAGUUCAUGUACUGAAAUGUAACAUUUUUGAUGAUGGCCCAAUUAGAAUAAUGCAAUAUUUUAUACGUACAUCUCUGUAAGCAAAGUCACUUCUGUCUGGGGGGUAUUUGUUAAGUUGUUGAGUCCACUUGACUAGCUAACGCUGUUCUGUCUUGCAGCAACUGGAAGUUAGUUUUGUUUGCUUGCUUGUUUAUUUGGACCUGCUUUUGUGCAAUUUUAAACCUGUGAGGCUCAGGCUAUGACGUUUUGAUUUGGGCCAUCUGGGGAAUUUACAUAGAUACUUUAUCAUACAAAUCAGCCAGUCAGUUUUUUUAAGUUUUUAAUCCUUUAAAUAUGCUGCCUAGUGCCUACUGUUGUGUCUCAUUUUGGUGAAAUUUUAGGACAGCAUCAUAUGUAUCCAUAAUUUAUAAGGCAAUUCUAGCCCCCCGGGCUAUCAGUUUAAAAUGCACAUAAUGUGGUCUGUCUGUCAUGAACUGACUGUCACGUUUUCACUUAAUUCUGAAGUUCCACAAGUUGUCAGAAAUUCCCAGUCUCGCUCUCAAAAUAUUUCUACACCACUUCCAAAUAUGGGGAAGAGUGCAUGUUAUCAGCGCAAGUCUCACUUUCAUUAUUAUCAAUCUUAAUGUAGAUAACAGCAUCAUUUUUUAUGCAUACACAACCUUCAUACAUGUGGCCCCUGGUGAUGUAAUCAAUGCUUAACUGUGCCUAAAUCCAUUUUGAUUAAAACCCUGCCUGCAUGCACAGAUGCCUAUAUAGGCAGCAAGGAGCAAGGCAGGUCACUGGGUAUUGAGACAAACCCCCUGUGUAGAGCCAAAUGAAGAGCCAUUUAAAACUGAGCCCAUCCUGAACCUGUGAAUUGCUUGCAGUGCCGCCAUUGGGGAUCAGUGGUUUAGCCCGAUGAUGGGAAAAACACUUCCCACUUUUAGCAGCAUCAGCCCUGUCAUAUUUAACCCUUUCAGGAGUGCGCGGCUGUGCCCAGAAGAACGGAACGCUGCAUUAAAGAGAGUUCUAUUUAUGAUGCCACAAUGGUGUCUAAGAAAUUCUAACAUAUUCUACAUUCUAGAACCACUUUCAAAAUUCUAGAACUGCACAUUCCAAGUAAACACAGUCUCUCUCCGAAGGGUUCAGCUGCGGUGUAUCCGAUGAAGAAGGUAUGUUCUCCUGUGUCUGAUGGGAACCAGCAGAGCAUGAGGGACCUCGACACUCUCAUCCACAUAAUGGCAAGAAAACAAAAUAAAAAACAAAACAGCAUGUAUUCCUCUUUCAGUCCAACAGCAGCACAGUUUAAACCAGUGCUUCUCCACUCCAGUCCUGGGUUGCCUUUGCAUUGCACAGGUUUAUGUUUUCCCUCUUCUAACAUGCCAUAUUUGAGCUAACGGCUCAUUAUUAUGUGGAAUAGGUCGCACCGGAGCAGGAAAAAUACUAAAACCUUGUAGCACAGGCUUCCCGCCAAACCAGAGGUGAGAAACAAAGCCAUGACAUUAAGAGACGAAAUCUGCACAAAGUCUGAAUAUGUUCUCAUAUUAUUAUUUUUUUCUCCUUCUUCUUUUUAUACAGACAUGUUUAUAGAUAUAUAAAAAACAGUGUAUUUAUAUUCAUUUACAGCUAAACCUGCACAUCCCCUGUAGAAGAGCGGCACUGCAGGCGCACUGAAGUACAAGGGCCAUGUAAAAGGUAGAAAGGGCAGGAGUGAAGUAGCACCUGGACACGGUGCCUGGGUUGUGGCCUUGGCUUGUUUACGUAGACGGUGGGGGGAAGGGGGGGGUAACUGGCAAACCCCCGCCCCCUUUUGCCCCUCUCCCUUGGAGCGACGUUUGUUCUCUUGGCAGUGUGACUCAGCAGAAUUCUCUUCCAGGCCCAGGGACCUUUCCCUCAAAAUCAUAAGACUCCUCUAGAAAAGACAUCUGAAACAGAGCGGUGUGAGUGAAAGCCAUAGUUCAGCAGAAAUUUACAUAACUUUCCCCCUUAACCCAGAAGACACGAUGGGUGUCUGAAGUUUGCAUCUUUAGUUUUACACUCGAGUUAACAACUCGACACUGUUCUGAGACGUUUGUGAUUCAGGCAUGCACUGUGCUAAUUGGUAGGGUUUAAACUUGCAUAAUUUUGUAGCUACGUUAGCCUUGUAGCUCCAGUGUACAACGCAAACUUCAGAAUUAAAACUGUGUGUGUGUGUGUGAGAGAGAGAGACUCACAGUUGUGUGUCCUCCCUCUCUCAGCAUGAGUAGGUCCUCACAGUGGAACUGUCCAGCCGCUGCACUGCUGAUGGCCCAACUGCAGGGGGUGACAGAGAAACCCACUGAGCAACAUCUCACUGUGCCAUUGGAGUAGGGAUGGGCAUGAUUAUUUGAAUAUGCAGAUCCAAACUCAUUCUUGUUUAUGGUUGGUUACUCAGGUAUUUCAGAAUGUUUUGUUCAGAAUGAAAAAAAUGAAAUAAAUCCAAAAUUAUCUUGGAGUGUCUAUAUGAUGAUAUAUGUAUAAUGUAAAGCUGUGUGUGAUAUUCACCGCGACCCAGAAGGAUAAGCGGUUUAGAUGAUGUAUCUAUGUAUGUAUGUAUGUGUGUGAUAUUGUUCUGUACGUCAGCUAUUAGUGUGUUAAAUCACACACACUUAAAACGAACUAAAUUAAUAAAUGUAAAAUGAGCCCACACAAUCAGGUA